AGGCGGCGGCGGGUCGCGGUCGCGGUCCCUCUCCGAGCGCCCGGCCGGAGGUGGGGGAGUCACGAUGUCUGGGAGCCGCCAGGCCGGGUCGGGCUCCGCCGGGACCAGCCCUGGCUCCUCGGCGGCCUCCUCGGUGACUUCCGCCUCCUCGUCCUUGUCCUCUUCCCCGUCGCCCCCUUCCGCGGCGGUGGCAGCGGCGGCGUCCGGCGGAGCGGCCCAGGCCGCGGGUUCGGGCGGCCUCGGGGGCCCGGCGCGGCCUGUGCUGGUGGCGGCCGCUGUGUCCGGCAGCGGCGGCGGGGCGGUGUCCGCGGGCCUGUCUCGGCUCAGCUGCGCGGCCAGGCCCAGCGCCGGCGUGGGAGGGAGCAGCUCCAGCCUCGGCAGCGGCAGCAGGAAGAGACCUCUGCUCGCCCCCCUGUGCAACGGGCUCAUCAAUUCCUACGAGGACAAAAGCAACGACUUCGUGUGCCCUAUCUGCUUUGAUAUGAUUGAGGAAGCAUACAUGACGAAAUGUGGCCACAGCUUUUGCUACAAGUGUAUUCAUCAGAGUUUGGAGGAUAAUAAUAGAUGUCCCAAGUGUAACUAUGUUGUGGAUAAUAUUGACCAUCUGUAUCCUAAUUUCUUGGUGAAUGAGCUCAUUCUCAAACAGAAGCAAAGAUUUGAGGAAAAGAGGUUCAAAUUGGACCACUCAGUGAGUAGCACCAAUGGCCACAGGUGGCAAAUAUUUCAGGAUUUGUUGGGAACUGAUCAAGAUAACCUUGAUUUGGCCAAUGUCAACCUCAUGUUGGAAUUACUAGUGCAGAAGAAGAAACAACUGGAAGCGGAAUCACAUGCAGCCCAACUACAGAUCCUUAUGGAAUUCCUCAAGGUUGCAAGAAGAAAUAAGAGAGAGCAACUGGAACAGAUCCAGAAGGAGCUGAGUGUUUUGGAAGAGGAUAUUAAAAGAGUGGAAGAAAUGAGCGGCUUGUACUCUCCUGUCAGUGAGGAUAGCACAGUACCUCAAUUUGAAGCUCCUUCUCCAUCACACAGUAGUAUUAUUGAUUCCACAGAAUACAGCCAGCCUCCUGGUUUCAGUGGCAGUUCUCAGACAAAGAAACAGCCUUGGUAUAACAGCACAUUAGCAUCAAGAAGAAAACGACUCACUGCUCAUUUUGAAGACUUAGAGCAAUGUUACUUUUCUACAAGGAUGUCUCGUAUUUCAGAUGAUAGUAGAACUGCAAGCCAGUUGGAUGAAUUUCAGGAAUGCUUGUCUAAGUUUACUCGAUACAAUUCAGUACGACCUUUGGCUACAUUGUCAUAUGCUAGUGAUCUGUAUAAUGGUUCCAGCAUAGUCUCUAGUAUUGAAUUUGACCGGGAUUGUGACUAUUUUGCAAUUGCUGGGGUUACAAAGAAAAUUAAAGUCUAUGAAUAUGGCACAGUCAUUCAGGAUGCGGUGGAUAUUCAUUACCCUGAAAAUGAAAUGACCUGCAAUUCCAAAAUCAGCUGUAUCAGUUGGAGUAGUUACCAUAAGAAUCUGUUAGCCAGCAGUGAUUAUGAAGGCACCGUCAUCCUAUGGGAUGGAUUUACAGGACAGAGGUCAAAAGUUUAUCAGGAGCACGAGAAAAGGUGUUGGAGUGUUGACUUUAAUUUGAUGGAUCCUAAACUCUUGGCUUCUGGUUCUGAUGAUGCAAAAGUGAAGCUAUGGUCUACCAACCUAGACAACUCAGUGGCAAGCAUUGAGGCGAAGGCUAAUGUGUGCUGUGUUAAAUUCAGCCCCUCUUCUCGAUACCAUUUGGCUUUCGGCUGUGCAGAUCACUGUGUCCACUACUAUGAUCUUCGUAACACUAAGCAGCCAAUCAUGGUAUUCAAAGGACACCGAAAAGCAGUAUCUUAUGCAAAGUUUGUGAGUGGUGAGGAAAUUGUUUCUGCCUCAACAGAUAGCCAGCUAAAGCUGUGGAAUGUAGGGAAACCAUACUGUCUACGUUCCUUCAAGGGUCACAUCAAUGAAAAAAACUUUGUAGGCCUUGCUUCCAAUGGUGAUUAUAUAGCUUGUGGAAGUGAGAACAACUCUCUUUAUUUGUACUAUAAAGGACUUUCUAAGACUUUGCUAACUUUUAAGUUUGAUACGGUCAAAAGUGUUCUGGAUAAAGACCGAAAAGAAGAUGAUACAAAUGAAUUUGUUAGUGCUGUGUGCUGGAGGGCACUGCCAGAUGGGGAGUCCAAUGUGCUGAUUGCUGCUAACAGUCAGGGUACGAUUAAGGUGCUGGAGUUGGUAUGAAGGGUUUACUCAAGUUAAAUUGUGUUUGAUCCUGCUGAAAUACAUCUGCAGCUGACAAUGAGAGAAGACAGAAACUGUCAUGUAAUGUCUCUCCCCAAAGUCAUCAUGGGUUUUGGAUUUGUUUAGAGUAUUUUUUUCUUUUCCUUUUCUUUUCUCCUUCAUGACCUUUGGGACAUUGGGACUACCCAGUGAACUCUCCACCAUCAAUGUAACUCUAUGGACUUUGCUGCUGUUGGUGGUGUGGUUAUCUAAUUUUUGUGAUAGGGAAAGAAAUUCUUUUGAAUAAAAAUAAAUAACAAAAAAAUAAUAAAAGUUUAUUGAGCCACAGUUGAACUGUGAAAGUCUUUGUCAAAGAUGGCAACAGAUAAUCUUUUCAAGAAGUCACACACAUGAACUAUGAAUAAUUUGUAAGGUUCUUAUUUCCCAACCUCUUUUGAAUUCUGUGUAUCAACAUAAAUGCAAAGAUAGAUGGAUUCCCUUGCAGGGAAUGUAAUGUUUAUAGUAGGUGGGAAAAUUGGUUAACUUUACCUUACAUAUUCAUUCUCUGACCAGAUUUAUAUCAUCAGCAAAUACCAUACUUCAGUCCCUCUGGAUCUGGCCAUGGAUCUAACAUUUGACCAGUUGAGACCACAUUCACACAGAAAGGGAAUGGCUGGCUUAGUUGGUAGAGCAUGUGACCAGGG